AUGGCACAAGAGAAGCUGGAGCAGGAUGCUAUCUCCUACACGGCGAUGGUCUCUGGCUUGGAGCCCCUGGGGCGCUGGAAGCAGUCACUGGAGCUGCUGCAACAGAUCCCCGGUGCUGACAUCGUUGCCUACGGUGCUGUGAUUGGUGCUUGUGCGAAGGCUGGAGAGUGGCAGAUGGCAGUGGCCCUCCUGUCGGAGCUGUCCGCACGUGGCAUGCUGAAUGAGAUCUGUGUGAAUUCAGCCAUCACUGCGUGCGAGCGUGCUGGAAGCUGGGCAAUGGCCUUGGUGCUGCUCUCCGACAUGGCGAAGCAGGACCUGAGGCCAGACAACAUCAGCGUGUCCGCGGCUAUCAGUGCAUGUGCGCGCUCCGGUCAGUGGCAGGCAGCUCUGGCUCUGUACACAGGCAUGGCCGCGUCUCUGCUGCAGCUGAAUGUUAUCGCUGUCAAUGCAGCCAUGCACGCAUGCGAGAAGGCAAAGAAAUGGGCUGUUGUGCUUCAGCUUCUGUGGGCCAUGCCCCAGCAGAGAUUGCAGCAUGAUGGGAUCAGUCUGGGCUCCACGAGGAUGGCUUGCGACGGUGCUGAACAGUGGCAGUGGUCCCUGCAGGUUGUUGGCAAAAAUCCGACAGGCGGAGUGGAAGAUGGAACGCUCCAAAAUCUCCUGCGCAGGCUCGCCCAGCAGCCUUCUCUGCUGCCGGAGGAUGUUCAGCUUCUACGUUCCGCCUGCGGACCAGUCUCAACUGCUCGAGCGAAGCCGCAAGAAAUCGUGCUGCUCGUUUGGUGCUUGUCAUCGGUGGGCUUUGCAGAAACGGCCGUCCUCUCGCAUCUUCUGACCAUGUCGAGGGAGCUGCUUUCACAAGGGCGUCUGACUUGGCGUGAGCUUGGCCAUCUGGCAUGGGCGCUGGCAAAUCUCGAGGUGUGGGAUUUGGACCUGCUUCUCCCUUUGCAGAAGGAAGAGCUUUCAUCAGCACUGUCCCAGCAGUAUGGGCCACAGCUGCUGCUUCGCAUCGAUGCCGCUCCAAUCCGGGACGGCCCAGGAGUGCAUGGAAAUCCCUUCCGGCUGACGGACGAAGUCAUCCUGGAGGGCAUCGAAACUCUGGGAGCUUUCUCCCAGUUUGCGUCGCGCUUCAGCAUGGCGCGGCGCGUCCAAUCGGGGGGAAAGCCUCCCUUCACAUGGCCUGCCACGGAGAGAGCGUGUAUGCCCCAUGUAUUCAUGCGGGCGCGAGUGGAAGGCACCUCCAGGUAUGUGCUGCUAGAUAUUUGUGCAUCCUUGAGCGAGCAAACCCUCGCUCACACGAUGUUGGCGUUGCACGACAGCAAAGAGCUGAUCCAGCACGCUGCAAACUUCAACCAGUACCUUUCAGAGAUUGCUUUGGCUGAUGGUGGAGGGGAAGCCCCUCAAGUCAAGAUCUGCGCGCCUGUGGGCUGUCGCGUGCUCGACAGCAAGAUCACACAGUUAACGCUCUCGGACUCUUAUGUGGUCAUCAUGGAUUACCCGUCGACCGACGUAACAAAGUUUAUGUUGGAUGGUACGGAAGAUUAUCACGAGUUGGCCCAAACCUUCUUCCACUAUGUGGCGUGGCAGACCGGUGGCCGCACCGUUCCCUUCGACCUGCAGGGGCUUGAGACGGGACAAGGGGACCUCCUUCUCGCAGAUCCUUGCCUCUUGCGGGAGAGCGACGAUGUUUCAGACCAGUGCCGUGAAGAAGCUUUUGCAGUGCUACACAGGACUUGUUCGCAGCUAUGCAAGGGCUUUGAUCCACACCGGCGCAGCGGCAAAGUCCGGCGAGUUUGUGGUGAGAUGAUGAAACAGCUGGCGGACAUGGUGGCUUCCUGUGAGCGGGGUACGUGGAGUUCUUCCAUGCAGUUGGACUGCAGCUCUUCUGCUCUGACUGCUGCCUGGGCUUGUAACUACCUUGGCUGCUUGCAGUCCAGGAUGUUGGUUGCUACAGCGAGAGCUCUGAGAUUUGCGUCCGUGGCGAUGGCAAGGCAGCCAGCAACACGGAUCUUAGGCCUGCUGCCGAGCACAAGCUCCCGCGAGCUGUUGGUUCCCUUGGAGAGCGAGGAGCUGCUCGUGGUUUGCAAGCCGCCAUAUUGGUCCGUCGACUCGGGAGAAACCGAGCGAAACAGUGUCGGGUCCCUGGGAGAGUAUCUGGAAGCCCAGUACCCUCUCCGCCAGUUUCCAGUGUUGGGUGAUCUGGCGGCAACUCGGGGCUUCCUCCACCGCUUGGAUGUGCCCAGCUCUGGCCUCAUCCUUGUGGCAAAAACCCACCGUGCAUAUUUCGACCUUCAGCUCCAGCUGCAAGUCGGCUCCUUGCUUCGAGAAUAUGGGGCAAUGUGUCAUGGUUGGUUGUCGAGCCGAAGAACUUGUGUGCGCGCUCGAGUGCAUGUCUGGCGUAAUGGUCAACUGGAUCAGUGCUCGGUGUCACCAUCUGGCAAAGUGGCUUGCACAAGGCUCAAAGUCUCGGGCUACUUUUUGGUGGCAAUGGCUUCUUGCUGUCUCGUUUCUAUCCGCUUGGUGACCGGCCGCAUGCACCAGAUCCGCUUGCAUAUGGCCCACAUUGGCCACCCAACUUUGUCGGACGGCAAAUAUAGCGUGCUCGUGUCGAAGUUCGGCACCUUGUCGCGGGCCUGGCGGGUGCUGGACAUCGAUGGCAGCGGGAAGAUGGACAUGCGCGAGUUCUGUCAGGCCCUCAACCGCAUGGGGUAUGUCGGAAACAUUCGCACGCUGUGGCAUCUUCUGGACUCUACCAACGCAGGCAGUAUCUCGCUGGAGGAGCUAGAUCCGCGAGCAGCGGCCGCUUUGGAGAAGUUUCGAGUAGUGAGCCUGCAGCAUCACGACUCCAUCGAGCACAUGUGGAAGAACAUCUUUGACAUUGAGAGAACGAACGCUGUCAACUUGAAGCUCUUCAUCCAGGGCUGCCAUGCGCUGGGUUAUGAAGACGAAAUGGAGGCGGAGGAACUCUUUCACCAGCUGCUGCUGAAGAAUGCCGGCCAGCAUUUGGCCCUUGAGGACCUGCAAUUCCUCCAAAACUGGGAGGAGACGAAGAGGCGCAAGCUGGAGAGACGUCGUCUGGGCCUCCGCUGGGUAAACCGGGAUCCUUUCUUGACCUCACAGGUGCUGGAUCCAAGCCGCUCAUCAAACACCACCGAGUACUCCGAGCAGGUCUCCAUGGACAUGGAAAAGGAAGUGCGGCAUUUCCGGGAGUACCUGAGCAAGACCUUCGGAUCGCUGCCGCAGGCCUUCGAGGAAAUGGAUGCAAACAAGAGUGGAGAGCUCUCACUCGUGGAGUUCCAGUCUGUGGUCGCCAACCUCUUGCGCUACUGUCGGCACGGUGAGGCUCGGCGACUCUUUCGCGCGCUGAUUGGCGAGGGGGGACUUGGGAGGUUGACUUGGCAGGAACUCGGCAUCUCCAAAGUGGAAUGGACCGCUUACCGGAUGCAGAAGUCCAUGGAGGCUCGGCGGCAGCAGACCGAGGCAAUCCUGAAUGCCCGGGCGCCUUUGGGUGCAAGCCCCCGAAUGAAGCAUGCGGAGAGUCACCACGUCGAGCGCAUCCGAGAGAAAAAGUCGGCAGGAAAGUUUGUCUUUAACUCGCCGCUGCCUCCUGGCUGGGGUGUCUUGGUUGCGGAGAAAGAGCAUGCCGAAAGUACCAAAGCCACCUGGGUCGCCCAAAUCUCGCUGAACACGGCGCAGAGCUGUGUCGCGGCUGGCCCUGGCUCGAGCUCCGGCAUCUCGGCCGAGAGUCUCGACCGAUGCACUGACUGGGAUUUGCUGCAGCCCAUCUCGCCGGAAAAGAGUGCAAGGUUCAAUGGGAGCCUUCCCCCCACCAAAGGAAGCAAGGGUGUCGGCCUUGCAUCCACAGUGUCCCUCGGAGCUCUUCAUGGUCCUCGGAGGGAUAUGCAAGCUGCAGUGGAAGCACGCCUUAGUGCUGCGCCCUUUGGCGUCGUGAUGGGGGAGGUCCCGCGUGAGUCGACGCUUCGGUCCAGCUACACUCUGCGGGACACACAAUGGCCGCCGGCAGAGCGGCGAACACGCAUAGGCUGA